CACCUGAUCGUUACUGCGACGCUCGAUCGUCCGGACGCGGAGAAAACAACCAGCGGCGCCGGAGAAAAGAGAACGAAGACAAUCCUGCUUUUCCCCCCCUCGGGAACGAGAGCCGAGGCAUGGCAGGACUCCGAGCCGAUUGAAGAGGACGCGGGAAUCGCGAGCGGGAAAACAGUUACAAGGACCGGCGGCGAAGCAGGAGGGUCCGCCUGCCUGAUCCAACGGAGGUGAAUAUCCUGGAAGCAGUAUGAGCCAGAAAGGAUCCCCAGGCAGCCACUCGGCAAAUGGCAGCAUGGGUAAAGGAGAUGUCAAAAUGAGUGCAAAAGAUUUAUACGAGCAAAGGAAGAAAUACUCCAACUCAAAUGUCAUCAUGCACGAAACAUCUCAAUACCAUGUCCAGCACCUGGCUACCUUCAUGAUGGAUAAAAGUGAGGCCAUUGUAACAGUGGAAGAUGCCAUCAGAAAGCUCAAACAGCUGAGCUCCAAAGAGAAGAUCUGGGCCCAAGAAAUGCUGCUGCAGGUGAAUGACAAAUCUAUUCGACUGUUGGAUUGUGGAACUCAGGAAGAGCUCGAAGACUUCCUCCUGCCAACAGUCCAGCACUGCCAGACUGUGCUGAAUCAGAUGCGAUAUGCCUCCAUCCUCCUGUUGGUGUGUCAAGACUCUGAACAGCACAAACCUGACAUUCACUUCUUCAAUUGUGAUGAAGUGGAGGCAGAGAUGGUUCAUGAGGACAUAGAAAGUGCACUUGCUGACCAUAAGUUUGGAAGGAAGAUACGGCCACAGACCCUCAAGGUGAACCAAGAGAAGAUCAAACAGAGGCAAUCCAUCCUUCCCCCACCUCAAGGGCCUGCACCCAUCCCUUUCCACGAUGACAACAGAGGCUUCCAAAAAAACAACCGGAAUCGUGUGAUCCCUCUGUCCCAGCAAG